GGUCACGUAUAAUAGAAUUUCUUAAGAAAAUAUUAGAAAAUGGCUUCGCAAAUCCAAAUCCACAGCCGCGGCCCAAUACGAAGCCCAUUUAGGUAGCGGGUUGUCACAAUCGCUUCAAAUUAGCUCAAUUUUUCCGAUUAUCCCUUCCACUUUUCACCUUCACAGAAGAAAUUGAUUCCUUGCCUCACACGCGCAGCACACAGAGGCCUUCUCCCAGAAUCAAUGCAACGCCAUACCUGCUGCACAUAAUUCUUAUUCGAAGAUAUUUUUGUGCCCCUGCGUUUUUCUCUAAUUAGCCGUGAGCUGAUGGAGAUCACAGAAGAGGCAGUGAUUGUGAAUUCUAGUAGAUUGAAAUCUGUUGUAUGGAAUGACUUCGACAGAGUUAAAAAAGGUGAAACUUUUGCGGCUAUCUGCCGGCAUUGUAAAAGAAUACUCAGCGGGUCGAGUACCAGUGGAACAUCUCACUUGAGAAAUCAUCUGAUCAGGUGUCGUAGGCGUUCGAACCAUGAUAUAAGUCAGUUGUUGACGAGGGGAAAGAGGAAGCAGAGCGCCGUUGCCAUUUCCAACUUUAGUUAUAAUCAAUCCGCAGCGAAGAAUGAGAUGGUAACUGUUGCAAGUGUGAAUUUCGAACAAGGGGUAAAAGUUAGAAAUACGAAUGGAGGAAGCUUACAUUUUGAUCAGAGGCGGAGUCAGCUAGAUCUUGCGCGUAUGAUUAUAAUGCACGGAUAUCCUUUGGGUAUGGUUGAGGAUGUUGGCUUCAAGACGUUUCUUCAGAACCUCCAACCCUUGUUUGAUUUUGUGACAGUUAACGGAAUUGAGGCUGAUUGUAUAGAGAUCUAUAAGAAGGAGAAGCAAAGAGUGUAUGAGGAGUUGGAUAAAUUACCCGGGAAGGUCAGCCUUAGCGCUGAUAGAUGGGCUACUAAUGGAGGCUCGGAGUAUCUAUGCUUGAUAGCACAUUAUGUUGAUGAUUCUUGGGAACUAAAGAAGAAGAUUUUGAACUUUUUGUCUGUUGAUCCAUCUCAAGCAGAAGACAUGCUCUCAGAAUUGAUCAUGACAAGUCUUAGGAAUUGGGAUAUUGAUCGAAAGUUGUUCUCGUUGACUAUUGAUAAUCGUGUCACAUACGAUAAAAUUGUUAGUAGAAUCAGAGACCAACUCUGUCAGCACAGGUUCCUUAUGUGUGAAGGACAGUUAUUUGAUGUAAGAUGUGCAGCAAGUACCGUGAAGUUAUUGGUCCAAGAUGUCCUGGAAACGUCACAUGAGAUAAUCAAAAAAGUUCGGGAAACCAUACAGUACAUUAAAGGUUCUCGCGCAACACAAGAAAAGUUCAAUGAGAUAGUGCAGUUAGUUGGUAUCAAUGGGCAAAAAUGGCUGUCCACUGAUAAUCCAUUUCAGUGGAACUCUACAUAUGCGAUGCUUGAAGCUGCUUUAGAGUACAAAGAAGCCUUCCCUCAGCUGCAAGAACAUGACCCUGGCUUUUCAAUGUGUCCUUCUAGCAUAGAUUGGGACAGAUUGAGGGGCAUUACAAGCAUCUUGAAGUUCUUUCAUGAAGUUUCUACUGUCUUUGUUGGACGCAAACAUGUCACUGCAAAUUCGUAUUUUGCUGAGAUUUGUGACAUUCAUCUACAGUUGAUAGAAUGGUGCCAGAAGUCAGAUGAUUUUAUCAGCUCUUUGGCAUUGAAAUUGAAAUCAAAAUUUGAUGAUUAUUGGAAGAAAUGCAGCUUGAUUAUGGCUAUUGCAGCCAUCUUAGAUCCACGAUUCAAGAUGAAACUGGUGGAGUAUUAUUAUCCCCAGAUCUAUGGUGAUACUGCUCCUGAUUGCAUAGACAUUGUCUCAAAUUGUAUGAAAGCUCUUUACAGCGGUCAUGCUAUCUAUUCGCCUUUAGCUGCUCAUGGUCAAAACUCAUCUUCUGAAAGUAAUGGUAGUGUUGUUAAGGACAGACUUAGUGGGUUCGACAGAUUUCUCCAUGAAACUUCAGUCAGCCAAAAUACAAAAUCAGACUUAGACAAGUAUCUAGAGGAACCACUCUUCCCACGAAGUGCUGAUUUUAGUAUAUUAAACUGGUGGAAAGUUCAUGAACCAAGAUAUCCUGUGCUUUCCAUGAUGGCCCGCAACAUAUUGGGGAUUCCAAUCUCAAAAGUUGCAUUGGAGUCCCUAUUUGAUACUGGAGAUAGAGCCCUCGAUCAUUGUUGGGGUGCUGAGAAGUCUGAUACUCUGCAAGCUUUGAUGUGUUCUCAAGAUUGGAUGCGCAAUGAAGUGGAAGAUUCCAAAACUCCUAUCUUUGCCUUGCGCAGCGAUGCAAAUUAGCGAAUUUUUGGGGUCUGCGUUUGGAAUUGAGGACUCUCGUGCUCAGACCCUUGAGCUUCUUGCUAAUCUGCUGAUAUAUAAGACCCUUGAGAGAGGAUACUGUAAUUUAGAAAAUCGAGAGCGUUGCAGAUCUUCAACUAGUUUGUGGGCAAUGGUUGAUGGUGACCGGUCAUCCAGGUGUUUACACAAAACUAGUCUGCUUGCCUAUUUACUUUGGCGGUCUGUUUCAAUGGGAAGAAGAAAAGAUAACAUCUAUGGAAUUCAUGUAUAUAAUGAUGGUUGCUUUGUGUUUCAGCUAUAUUUAAAUCCUCUGAAGAUGAACCUGAUAUGCAAGGCACUGCAAACAUACCGGAUUUUUGUCGGAGUACUAUAUGCAGGGUGAUAUAACAUAAGUUAAUAUUUGCCUUUUAUGCUUGAGCAUUGAAUAUGAUCUGUUAAGAUAAGGAGGAUGGCAAUGGUUUCCAAGCUUUUUAUCAUUUCGCCAAUCAUUUAUUCCAAUGUUGCUGGAAAAUCUGAAGUUCGAGCUGACGAUUUCCCAUUGUGUUUAUCGUGUAGAGGUUUACUUUUACAUUCCUUUGUCAAUUUCUAAAUGUGUAUCUAACUUUUUUGUUUAAAGCAAUGGCUAAAUAUCUAGUUCACUCAUUCUCACAAAUUGUAUUUUUUGAACAAUCAAUUGGUCGAGCUUCUUGCUCGUUAGAGUCAAUGAUAUGUACUAGUUGAUAUAUAGAAGAUAGAUGUUUUGCUGCC